AACAGAUUCUCAUGUACAUGUCCUAGUGGGUUUGAAGGAGAUACUUGUGCCAGAGAUGUUGAGCCACCAAUGGUUACUGGUUGUCCGGAUGACACCUCGAUCCCUGUCACCACGCCAUCAAGCCAAGUAGCCCAUAGCUGGACUCCACCAAGGUUCACUGACAACUCCGGCCCUACCACUGUAAGCUUUGGUUGCUCAUCGACUGGUUACAACGAGUGUCACCAGUCUGGCUCUGGACUCUUUGGUGUCGGUAUUACCAAGGUGAUGUACAAUGCCACUGAUGGAGCAAGGAAUAGGGUCAAGUGCUCUUUCACUGUCAAGGUUACAGUGGUUGAUAUCGUCUGCUCAAUGAACUUGAGUGUCCUAGCUUCACCUGGUGACACAAGAUCUAGCGUGGACUGGAAUGAACCGGUUAUAACCGGUUGGGACGGCCCAACAAAGUUCUCCUCAACUUCCCUGCCUGGCAUAGAUAUAUUCCUUAUUGGAACUCAUGAAGUGAACUACACACAGCAUUUUGCAGCAGAGUACAGUGUUGUAUUGGAGUGUUCUUUCUUCGUAUCGGUUGGAGGUCAGUGUGACGUUAACAUUACACAUGAUUCAACUCUUAACCGUACUAUAAAAUGGCAGCCCACCGUGGCAGGACAAACUGCACAGUCCUUUGAGAGAUGUACACUAAAUACAAUCAAUGCUGGUGAGCCAAUAGCCGUACGAGACUGUCUGGUAGUUGACCCACCUCUUUACUUUGAGUGGGAGGCAAACUAUACGCUUCUCGGCUGCGGUGAAGCCUUCAAACCCACCGUUGGAGAUGUGGCAGAUCAGGUUGAGGUGACUGAAGGUAAUGCUGAGGAAGUGGCUAUUUUCAUCGCCGAUCAGACACAAGGCAACAGCGCCACCGGUGACGAAGAGGUAGAGAUAACAGAUGUGGCUAACAUCCUAAUGAAUAUUGCGGAUGCUGGAUCAGGUGACCCUGAGGUCACAGACGCUGUAGUUGAAACAGUCAAUAACAUCCUUAUGAAUCAGAACACCAACGAUGAUCUCACUAACAACAACGGAGUCAGCUCAUCAGCAAUCGUUCAGUCAGUCGAGGCUCAGAUCAGUUCUACUCUCCAGCAGGAGGGCAUGAUUAGCAUACAGCAACCGAGCCUCCAUGUUGAAGGAGUUAGUCUAGACCCUAUGGAGGCCAAUGGUGGAUACAGCUUUGUGUCAGUUGGGUCGGAGGAGAGCGCUAGCGGCUCUCUUGAAGGAACAGAAGUGAAGACAUUUGACAGCACCAGUGAUAUACCUGAGAAUAUUGAGGUCGUUGCAUCCAUCAAGCUGCCUCAAAAUAUUGGAGAAAUAUUACAAUCUGUGACUGGUGAUAACUCUAGCCAACUGCAAGCCAGUUUCAUCAUAUACGCCGGUCAUGACUUGUUCCAGUCCUCCUUGAUCCGAGGUAACUCUAGUAUCGAAGUAGCUGGACCUGUUGUCUCUCUGACAAUAGAAGGACUUGACUUAGUGAAUCUUACUGAACCGCUGGUGAUUGAGCUGCAGGUGCCAAACAAUGCAACAAGUCAUGAUGAUACGAGUUUUACAUGCGUGUUCUGGGACUUCACCAAGGCAGAUGGAGUUGGUGAUUGGUCAACAGCUGGGUGUAUUCUUGCAAGACAAACGGACAAUACAGUAUCCUGUAACUGCGACCAUGCCACCAACUUUGCAAUUCUUGUGGAUGUGAAGGGACAAAAAAUCACAGACGAUAAAUUUGUGCAAGCGCUUGAUGUCAUCAGCCAGAUUGGUGUUAUCUUGUCCAUCAUUGCUCUAGGUGUAACUUUGAUCAUAUACCUCUCAAUAAAGAAAUUGCGGUCUGGCAAAGCCCGUCUGAUUUUCAUUAACUUCUGUGCGUCCUUGUUGCUGUUGUACAUUGUAUUCCUUGUUGGAAUUGACAGUGCUAGGGGUUCGGUAGGUGCUUGUGCUUUUGUAGCAACAUUGCUUCACUACUUGGUCCUGACCACAAUGAUGUGGAUGGCUGUGGAGGCCAGGCACAUGUAUGUCAGCACUGUCAAGGUCUUCCCUGGAGCCAUCCUAAAGUAUAUGCUCAAAGCUUGUCUCAUUGCUUGGGGGACUCCUGCGAUACUUGUGGCAAUAUCGUUAGCAUGGGCUUCAAGAAAUUAUGGCAGUGAACACUAUUGUUUCAUCCACCCUGGUGUGCCAAUGUACCUUACCCUCCUUGCUCCAAUUGGCCUGAUUCUCCUCCACAACAUCAUUACCUUCAUCUUGGUCAUGCGGAGCCUCCUUCAGGUCGAGGAAGAAUCACACUCUCAGCAGAUCUCCAAACGUCUCCAGAAUGCCAUCUGUAUCUCGACUCUGAUGGGCUUGACUUGGGUCUUUGGAUUCCUGGCCAUCGGGGACGCUACGUUUGCCUUCCAGCUCAUCUUCUGCCUGGCCAACUCAUUGCAGGGUGUUGUAAUUUGCAUCAUGUUCUGCGUCAGAAGAAAGGAGGUACGCACUGCCAUGGAACCCUUCUGGCGACGUAUCUGCUGCGGCAAAAUCUACCGUCUGCCUGUAAUCGGUGGUGAUGGUGAUACGCAGGGUGUGGAGCUGAAUACUCCAUCUACUUUCAGUCAAAACACGGCACAGUUUGACCUGUCUGUGUCCGGCCAAGAGUAAUUGGUGACGGCAGGCUUUUGCUUUGUGGUUAUGGCAAUCACUUGGCAAUACAGCUGAUCUGUACCAUCAUACCGUAUACGCAGGGUGUGGAGCUGAAUACUUCAUCUACAACCAACUCUCCAUCUAGUUUCAGUCAAAACACGACACAGUUUGACCUGUCUGUGUCUGGCCAAGGGUAAUUGGUGAAUGCAUGCUCUUGCUUUAUGGUUAUGGCAAUCACUCGGCAAUACAGGUGAUCUGUACCAUCAUGCUGUUAUUAACUUUGUAUAAAAAUAAAUCUAGUGAUGAUAUACUCAGAAGACACAACUUUUUGCUUUUUCUCCCCAGCAAAGGUUUUGUAUCAUGAAAAUUAAAAGAUUUUAGGGGUUGAACAAAGAAUUGACUAGAGUGGGAUUCGAACCAACGACCGGAUUAACGUGCCGGCGCUCUACCAACUGAGCUAUCUAGCCCUAUGUUGGCAGUGUCCCUAUUUUGUCAAUAUCUUUGUUCGGGGGUGCCGGAAAACUAAAAGAGCAAAAUGAGCAUGCCAUGGGUAUGGGUAGAAGGUGAGGCUGCAUCCGUGCACAAUUUUCAGCAUAAACACGCAUUUUCCUAAAUUUUUUGUUACAUUUUUUUUUAGGAUUUCAGGUAUAUACGUCAUUUCAGCAUGUUCAGAGAGAAAUAUUUCACAGGAAAAAAAUGUUCUAGUAUGAACAAAAUCAGUAACAGCUCAGACUAAAAUCAAAUAAUUUGUUUUCCUGACCAAUCCUGCAUAAUACCUUUAGACCAUGUUUACUGUGGCUGAACUUGUUACAAUUUAUUACAAUUUCUGCUAAGAAUUGCAUUUUUUUUUUGCAUAUUAAAAUAUUGGCCGUAAUACACAGAAUUUAUAAUUUUUAAAUAAAUAAUAAAAACUAUAUAUUAUAUGCAUAAUAUACUAUUCAAGAAGGUAAAAGCUAGAGCAUCCCUUUUUUAUUAUUGAUUUAUCCGUUUGAUAUGCUGUUAAAGUUGAUAUGUUGGUGCAAGUCCAGUUUGAAAUAUUCCCUUAGAAUGCAGACCAACAAAAAGAUUGGUUAAUCAUGUAAUUCUUUUAUGCUGGAAACCAUACUUCAAACAGAAAACCAUUCUAUAAUUUUGUGUUAUAUUAAAUGUAAUUCAUAGAUUGAUUGAUUUAUACUCUUUUUGUGGAAUUUGCUGUUGUGUUCUGUCUGUCUUUGUCUAUUUUGUCAUAGACUGUUUUGCGUGGUGUUCUUUCAGUAUCAAGUAAUAAAUCACACUCUCUUAAGUUUUUGUUGGUUUGUACUUAAAAACGAACUUAACAACAAAAAGGGCAAAGUGUUUUUUUUUUCCAAAGUUCAUUUAAAAUGUUUUCAAACAACAAUAAAAAAGUUGAAUUCAAAUGAGAAUAAACAGAUUUGAAUUUUGUAUUAAAAACAAUCAUUUGAGUGAUGACAUAAAUAAAGCCCUUUGUUUUUACUGGGCUCGAAUUCGGUUUUGAAAUCCACAAAACUGCUGGAAAAAACAUUUGCUUUACCAGAAUUGAUUUUACAAGACCGAUUCAAAAUGAGAAAAAGGAUGUAAAAUUAUCUCACUUCUCCUUACACUUUUUUUAUUUUAUUUUAUUUAUUGAUUCCAUUAUGCAACAAAAAACAUACAAAUAUAAAAAAUCACAGAAAAAGCAAACAACAGAAUUAAAUACAUAUGCCUAAAGGGCAGUAAACAAGAAAACCAUGGACAGAAGACAAACGAGACUGGACAACAAAAAGACCAAGGA